AUGGCACCAUCCAUUAACAGCGAUGUGUCCUCAUUGCUGUCGACGACAACAGCAGCGAGCCCGAUUGCAAGAACGGCAAGUGAAAAGAGGCAAUCUGACCUCGAGGAUGCUACGCAGAAAAUGAUGAGGAAAAUAUCGUCAAGGAUGCCGACCAGUGUGUACAGCAUGCGCCAUGGUGAUGAUGAUGAUGAUGAUGAUGAUGACUAUGAAAGUGAAGAUUUAGACGAGCUGCUGGAAAAUCAAUUUGAAAUAGAGGAUGCGUUUCGAGUCAAGACUAACAGACUGGCGGAGGAAUCUUCUGUGCACCCAUCGCAAACAAGCGUGCCGUUGCAUGGCCAAGAUACGCAGCAUAGCGUGGUACAGAAGGUCUUCACAAACCAAACUACAGGGGAUCUCAGCCUACCGCCCGAUGGAGGAUAUGGUUGGGUGUGUUGUAUAUGUCUUACGAUGAUAUACUUCUCGACCUGGGGUAUUAGCGCUGCCUCCGGUAUUUUCUUGGCAUUUUACCUCAAUUCCGACUCUUUCCCCGGCGCGACGAAGUAUGAUUAUGCAAUCAUUGCGGGUUUGAACGCUUUCGGUGCCCAAGCGCUGGGUCCCAGCUCAAUGAUCACUUCGCGAAUUUUCGGCUUGAAGCUGACAAUGUACGCAGGUGUUGUAGUUUUAUUUCUCGGGUUUUUUCUAGCUUCGUUUGCUACUAAGCUGUGGCAACUAUAUCUGACCCAGGGUUUUCUAUUUGGCGUGGGGAUUGCAAUGGUCUUUGUCCCAGCGACUACUAUUCUUCCGGGUUGGUUUCUCAAGAAAAGAUCAACGGCGUUUGGCAUUUCACUACUGGGCACGGGAGCUGGCGGUGUCAUCUACUCUGUUGCUAUUCAACAAAUGAUUGACAGGACUGGUGAUCAAAGAUGGGCAUUACGCAUGCUUGCAAUUGCUGGGGCAGCAACCUGUGCAGUUGCGACAUUUUUCAUGCGUCAACGGAUUCCGACUAAACCUUCUGGUCUAAAGUCCUGGAUCGCAAUCAAACAGCAGUUUCAGCUUAUCUAUCAGUGGAGGGUUGUGAAAACUUACAAGAUCAAUUUGAUAUCUCUGUGGUGCGCUCUGGCGUUAUUUGGUUACAAUUUGAUGGUUUUCACAAUGUCUGCCUACGGUGUUUCCAAGGGUCUGUCCUCGCAGCAGGCUUCCUUGUUAACUAUUGCCUUGAACUCUGCACAAUGUGUAGGAAGGCCGUCUAUCGGGCUUCUUGGUGAUCGUUUUGGCCGGGUUAACGUCACCGUGGCAUUGUCCACCCUGCUAACGAUUUUUCUUUUUGGCUUUUGGAUACCAUCACAUACUUUCAUCCAGCUGAUUAUGUUGUGCAUUUGCUUAGGUUUAAUCAUUGGUGUCGCAAACGUGAUGAAUAUUGUCCUUAUUGCUGACGUAUCUGGUGCAGACGAUUUUUUACCGGCUUGGGGGUACUGCAACAUGUUCACCGCACCAUUUCUUCUCGUCAGUGAACUUAUAGCUCAAGCACUUGUGGAUGAAAACAACAAGGUUAAUCCCUACCUUUACACCCAGAUCUUCACUGGUUUAUGCUUCUUUGUAGCUCUUCUCUUAGUUUUGUUACUGCGAGAAAUCACAGUCAAAAUAAGGUUCAAAGCAAGCCUCAGUCGCAUUGAGAAACUUCUUACUGAUCUUGAGUUGGAUGACGACAAGUCAGUUUCGCGCUCUACAAGAGAUCAGCUUGAAUCUCAACGUCAAGAGUGUUUAGAGUACCUUCAACCAGGUAUCGGCACUUUCUUUCGCCGCGUGUUUUGCAAGACUAAAAUUUGA